CGCUACAUCCGGGCACUGGGGCAGGAUGAAUGCUCCUUUCCAAGAUGGCGGCGGAGGGAGGAGGGAAGGAGAUGAACGAGAUUAAGACCCAGUUCACCACCCGGGAGGGGCUGUACAAGCUGCUGAGCCACUCGGAGUACAGCCGGCCUAACCGGGUGCCCUUCAACUCGCAGGGCUCCAACCCGGUCCGCGUUUCCUUCGUCAACGUCAACGACCAGAGCGGCAACGGAGACCGGCUCUGCUUCAAUGUGGGCCGGGAGCUCUACUUCUACAUCUACAAGGGGGUCCGCAAGGCUGCGGACUUGAGUAAACCAAUAGACAAAAGAAUAUACAAAGGAACACAACCUACAUGCCAUGACUUCAAUCACUUAACGGCCACAGCAGAAAGUGUGUCUCUUCUGGUGGGCUUCUCUGCAGGCCAGGUCCAACUUAUAGACCCUAUUAAAAAAGAAACUAGCAAAUUAUUUAAUGAGGAAAGACUAAUAGACAAGUCCAGAGUAACCUGUGUAAAAUGGGUACCAGGUUCGGAAAGCCUUUUCCUAGUAGCUCAUUCCAGUGGCAAUAUGUACUUGUAUAACGUGGAGCACACUUGUGGUACCACAGCCCCGCACUACCAGCUACUUAAACAAGGAGAAAGUUUUGCAGUUCACACUUGCAAGAGUAAAUCCACAAGAAACCCUCUGCUUAAAUGGACAGUAGGUGAGGGUGCCCUGAAUGAAUUUGCCUUUUCCCCAGAUGGGAAGUUCUUGGCGUGUGUGAGCCAGGAUGGUUUUCUUCGUGUGUUUAACUUUGAUUCCGUGGAAUUGCAUGGUACAAUGAAAAGCUACUUUGGAGGACUGCUCUGUGUGUGUUGGAGUCCUGAUGGGAAAUACAUAGUUACAGGUGGAGAGGAUGACUUGGUAACAGUUUGGUCUUUCGUGGACUGUCGAGUAAUAGCGAGAGGCCACGGACAUAAAUCGUGGGUCAGCGUUGUUGCUUUUGAUCCAUAUACCACUAGUGUAGAAGAGAGUGACCCAAUGGAAUUUAGUGGAAGUGAUGAGGAUUUUCAAGACCUUCAUUUUGGCAGAGAUCGAGCAAAUAGUACACAAUCUAGGCUAUCCAAAAGGAACUCUACAGACAGUCGCCCGGUAAGCGUUACGUAUAGAUUUGGUUCAGUAGGCCAGGACACACAGCUCUGUUUGUGGGAUCUUACAGAAGAUAUCCUCUUCCCCCACCAACCUCUCUCAAGAGCAAGGACACAUACAAAUGUCAUGAAUGCCACAAGUCCAGCUGCUGGAAGUGGUGGAACUAACCCGGGAAGUAAUGGAAACAGUAUCACAACACCUGGAAACUCUGUACCCCCUCCUCUUCCACGGUCAAACAGCCUUCCACACUCUGCAGUCUCAAAUGCUGGCAGUAAAAGCAGUGUCAUGGAUGGUGCCAUUGCUUCUGGUGUUAGUAAAUUUGCAACCUUAUCGCUACAUGAUCGGAAGGAAAGACACCAUGAAAAAGAUCACAAGAGAAAUCAUAGCAUGGGACAUAUAUCUAGCAAGAGCAGUGACAAACUGAACCUAGUUACUAAAACCAAAACGGACCCAGCUAAAACUUUGGGAACACCUCUCUGUCCCCGAAUGGAAGAUGUUCCCUUGUUAGAGCCUCUUAUCUGUAAAAAGAUAGCACAUGAAAGACUGACUGUGUUAAUUUUUCUUGAAGACUGUAUAGUCACUGCUUGUCAGGAGGGAUUUAUUUGCACAUGGGCAAGGCCUGGUAAAGUGAGUGAAAGCCUCUGAAUCUUGAUGCUUCUUCCACUGAUGUCUCAAAAGGCCUUCAUUAAAUUCAUGCCACUGCCAGCCUAAAGAAAGAAUUGGAUGGAAAACUGAAGCAGUCUUGCAGUGUCUUAACGUAAUUUCCAUUGAGCCAGUGCUACCUUUCCCUCUCAGUUUUAAUAGCCAUCAAAAGAUGAGCUGGGCAAUUGGACAAGUUCUGUAUGACAAGUUCCUCUUCACUUCUCUGGUUGGGCUGGUGCUGCCCUUAGUGGAAAAAAAAAACAAAUCCAGAAAUGUCUCUUCAGCCACGAUCCCUAUGAUAACUGGUAGGCUGUACAGUGCUUACAGUGGGACCUGACUGUUUAUAAGCUUUCCAAAUUACUACUUCAGUGUAUCCAUAAUCAUACCUUGAGCUUCCUCACUGGAUGCACCAGUGUUGCAUUGCACUUCCUGAAUUGUUUUACUAACUCACAGUCAGUGUGAGGUCAAGUGAAUGGCAACAUUCUUUAAGAGCAAGUUGAAUGAAGCUCAGGAUUAAUAAGUUUCAGUUUUUUACUCUCACUUUUUGUUAACCUGUUUCUGAGGAAGAAGGUUGAGUGUGGUGAGAACAGGUUGCCUUAGAACAGUACGUGCUUUCUUCUUAAUGUGGUGAUGGUUGGCUGUGUCCUCUUCCCACCCUGUCUUUCCCAGCCUCUGAUGGAAAACCUAAAUAUGACUACAGAACUGUUGUAUUAAUCUGAAAGUGUAGGAAAAGAAUUUUAAAGGAACCAAGGUAAACUUCAUGUGUCAUUUUCAUAGUUACUUCAAUCUGAAUUACAGAACCUGCAGAAGCAAUUAAAAAACAACAACAAACCCCCCCAAAAACCAAAGUGAUACCUGGAUAUGCAAAACAAGUUUUCUCUGAACUUCAGUGGUCAGAGAACCUGUAUGAUUUCUGUAUUUGUCAUUAGAGUUAACUCCUCACCAUCUUGUAGAGUGACUCCAUUUCAUCUAAAUGAAAGUUGCCGUUUCCUUUGUGAGAAAGCUCAAGGUAAGAUUACGCAGAAGUAUGAGCAGGUGAAAUGGCAGUGUAUAACCUAGCAAGAUAAACAUGCUACCAUUUUGUAAAACAAAUGCACAUGGAAUUUAUUUAUUUGACUUAUUGUACAGGAAAACUUAAGACUUAAAUUAUAACAUCCUUGAAUAUCCUAGUUAACUACAAUUGUAGUACAGUAUCAUGUUUUAGUAUGACUUCUGUUUUAGUGAAAGUACUUAAACAUUCAUGUACUAUAUUUGAGAGGAGCAGCUAUACAUACUAAUUCUUCCUCAAUGGAAAGGAGCAUUUCACCAUUACAAUUGAAGUUCAAUUGCUGGUAUUUAAGUACUAUCAAAUAGAUUUCUUUCAACGUGAUACGGUAUCUGUAUAAACGUCAGGGAUGAUUAUAGUAAAACUGAAACACAGCUACAUGACUUCAGGUUACCAUGCUGAAAUUUGAAGCUUUCUGUGAUGUGCAUAAUAGCAGAGUUGCACAUGGCAAACCCGCACUAUCAGGGUGAAUUUAAACCGAGUACACUGGUGUGAUAUUUAUAGCAAGGUAUGUGUGUUCGUGCGUGUGUGAGAAAGUGUGACUAGUGGCUCCAGUAAAGCCAGGAGAGAUCAUAACCCUGUAAAGGCUUUAUGAUGAGGAUGUCUGGAUUAGGAAAUAACAUGACUUUUACUAAACACUUUUUAGAAGACCCAUGUUUGGAAUUAUCACCUCUUAAAAUUUGAUUAUGUACUUGGAAUGACUGUAUAUGUCUGCCCAUUAACAACAUAAAGCUACUAAAUUAAUAUUUAAAAUGCUGGCCUGCUUAUGUUACAAUAAUAAAAUUUGUGUCAGUUAAUUUACUGUUGAUUUACAUGUAAAGAUUAAACAAUAUUUUUUCCGCAUUUUAUGAAUUCUGUAUACUGGAGUUUGUUAAAGAUUGACAUGUUAGGUGAUACUGUACAAAAUUGUAUUGACUACCUUUAGUGAAAAUCAAAAGUAAAAUUCAUAUGUAUUUCCUUUUUACACUUCCAUCUAAUUUCUUGACAACUUGAAUAAAUUUCAUAGAGCCUUUCUAACAUGAACUAUUGUUAAUUUAACUGUUGCAAUAAUUAAGCUUUAAGAAGUAUUGUUGGUAUAUUUAUAAUUUUAAGAAGAUCAUGUUUGUUUCAUACUGCUUAUUUUUAGCUGUUGUCACUGUUACAGCUGAAGAACUUUACUAAAUACUUGACAUUACAAAAUAACUUGCUGGGGUUGUCCUCUGUAUACUGAUGUUAAAUAAAAAUGUGUGAUUGAACUGUAAAUGUAGAUAACUUUCAAUAGUCCUUUCCACAUUUGAGUUUUAAUUUAUCUUGCAGUCCUUAGGUGGUCUUAUGCUAUCAUACUGUACUGAACUAAAGGCCACAAUGAAAGCUGUUAACUUGCCAUAUUUUAAAGUCAGAAGUUGAUUGCAUCCUGUAACCUGCUCUGAGUAGAUGUUUCACUUCAUCACAAGAUGAUGCAUACAUUUUGAUGUUUAGAUCUUGCUGAUAAGGUCAUGUCUCAUGAUAUUUAUUUUCUUUUAGGACUAGAGUAAUACAAAAUAGAAUACUUACCAAACCACUUAUCAAGGUUGUUUAACCUCAGAUUCAGUAAAAGGUGGAUGUAUGUAGAUACUCUCUCCCUACCUGUUAAGUAGGAGCAGGGGCAAAGUGUUGUCAUUCCUUCUAGGACUCUACAGGAGCUCUUUCCGCUAUGGACUCUGGUGCAGGGUAUGUUCUUUAUUCCAGCUUUAGAUCUUGUAAUUUACCUAAUGAAUACUGAAUAUCCCUGAGGGUAUGGCUCACUCAGAUGACUCACGUGCUUUCUGUCUGGAAGACUGGCUAGCCUAGAAAUAAACUAAUCUGAAGUAGAACUAAACUAGUCUAUAACUUGGACUGCAGAAUUCCUUGGAACCAGUUUAGGCAAAGGCUUAAGACGGGAUUAUGUCACCCUUGCAGCAGUGGUUCUGUGUUAACUGAUCAACAAGCCAAAAAACAAGAUAGUUACUGAACUUUUUCAAAGGCACUUUUGAGACAUUUCAAUUUAAAAGUUACUUUGGGUCCAGUCUAACUGAGGUAGGAUUCUGUAGUCUACUCUGUAGACUAAAGCUGAGAAACCAUCUUUCUUACGUGAACUUGAGAACCUUCUGGCAUGUCAGAAGGUACUGACUGACCACUGUGGUGGUCUAUAUAUAUAACAUAAGUGUAUAUUUAAGAAUAGGUGCCAAUGAAUGAACAAAAUUAAAUCUGUCCUGAAAGCUUCGGGGAACAGCCAGUUACAUCAAAUGAUGCAAGAACUGGUUGGUCAAACCAGAUUCUCCUCAGUUAGCGUGAGCAUUAAAGAAAACUGACUUCCACAAGUCCUGUGCUCAUAGAAGAUAUUUAGGCAAAAGAUAACUUGGAACAUUAAAGUGUCCUCUUGCUUGUCUUUAAUAAUGUUGCACAAACUUCUUAAGGAAUUAACUUGUAUGUUCACAUUAUUUUCUGGUUUUUGAAGUUGGCUUUUAGGUAGGUGCUGAUCAACCUUAUCAAAUUCCCUUGGCUCAUUUCUUCUGUCAAGAUCACAAUUACUUUACAAUUAACCAAAAUGGGGUUGCCUGAAGUCCUGUGCUUUCCCUUGAGGUUUUCCCUGGAUUAUCUCAAUUUCAUUAUUUUCUAAUUUGAAAAUGUUAAACCUUACAAACUUUUGUAGUUGGACGAAGCUAAAGAAACAACUAUUCCUAAGCAUGUGAGACCUUACUACCUUAAUGAAGUUUAAGGUCCUAUUGCUUGAGCCAACUCAAGUUUCUUCUGGCAAAAGCCUUUUGUGCUUUUCCAAGCACACAAGUAGCUGCAUCUUAAUUUUUUUCUUUUCUCUUGGACAUGCGUAUCUUCCAUUUGCCAAUCAUAUACUUCAAGUAAUCUUACCUAAUAGCACUAGACAAGACUCCUAGUUAGUCUGCUGGUUUUCUAGCAGCCUUGACUUUUUUUUUUGUUGGCAAUGAGUAACAUGGUGAUACCCCUCUGUUAGGAGAAAAAUCUCCUUUAUGUACAUGGAAGAGAAGCUGCAAGUGAAACCUCCUUGAUGCUGCUACAUUCUUUGAAAAGAUCUGCUGUCAAAUUGUUUAAGCAUUUAUAUUUUUCUGUAAAGCUACUAGAACAAAGAAAAAAGCAAACAGGAAAUAAUGUAUUUCAGAUGCUCUUUACUGAACAUACAGACUGUGUAAAGAUAGCUGUCAGCUUUGCUGUAUCUCCCUAAAUCCCAUAGAGAAUUUCUUUGUAUAUUAUGUGAAUGUUCAGCAUGUGCUUCCUUGAACAUUAUAAGCUAAUUAAUUUUAUGAGUUCAUAAGAGAUUAAGAUCUGAUUUAGUGAGUAGUUCAGAGACUUAUGUUAAUAAAUGCUGAUUCAUUUGGAUAAGAAACUGUCAGAGAUUUUGUUCAUGCAAAUCUUAAGACCAGUUCAGCUGAUUUGACUACAGAAUUUUAAAUAUGAAAAUUCUCAUUCUGUCUUGGCAUGUUAUUGUUGCUCAAAAAUUGUAUUGGACCAUCGGCUCUUUUCUUGAGCAAAGGUCUCACUUCAGAUUACUUUUUCAAAUUACUCCAGGAAUAUCACUAUUCUGGACAAUAAUAAAAUACCCAUGGAAUGUUCUUCAAGUAAUAAAUUCCCAUUAUUUCGCAUGCUGGCAGUAGCAGAAAUGGUUUGAUAAAUUAAUGCCAUUUUUGUAUCGGCAUUCAUUAAUUCAGCCAUUUUAAAAACUGGUUUAGUUGAAUUAGUGAAGUGUAGUGAGACUUUUUUUCCUUUUUACAUUAGUGGGUUGUUACAUUGGACCAUUUGCUUUGGUUUUUUUACCUUUCAAUUUCCAAGCAGAAGGUAGGAAGGAAGUGCAAGGUCCUGAUGUCCAGUGAGUUACGGCUGAGCCGUCUUACGAAGACUGAGCAUGUGCCAAGGGCACUGUGAAGUAGCAUGGAGACUAACUUCACAUUAACCUGCUCAUGUGUCCAAACUUGCAGUUUUAUUUAUCUAGAUUAGUAAAACUACACACGAUUGCAUCUUCAGCUCCAGUUAAUCUCUACUUGAAAAAAAAAUCAACUCAGUAGUUACUGAUGGCUUUUUUUCUACUUGGUAUCUGCAUAUCUUCCUGCUUUACUAUUUUUUUUUAAAUACAGCACUUCUGUGCUGAUCUUUUGUAGAAUUAGUUUCUGUUGUGAAACCAUAUAUUUCCUGUCUUUGGAAAAAAGACUUUGGACUGGAGCAUAUGUGGAAUUAAAAAAGAAAAAAAGCACCAUCUCAUUAAUUGUGAGGAGGGUUAGUGUUAACACUGCUGCAGAUCUUUCUGAACAGAUCACAGCUAUGAGUGUCAUGAACCUCGGGUGGAAAUGACCUUUCUGAUCCUUUUUUUUUGGUAAAAAUAGGCUUGCAGGGGUAGGAAUGAAAAGCCAUAACUUAUACCAAGUUCUGUGUUUUUUUGGGAAGUCAGAGAAUGCAUAGAUAAACAUGGAAUAGCCUGAGCAACUAGUGCUGAAGCAGCCUGUGUUAAAUACUGUCACACUGCUAAUUGACAUAAGAGAAAUGAUUCAGUCCUCUGCUAAAGAAGCACAUUUCAGCCGUAGAGUUUUCCAGUAGGAUGGCUAGUAAUGUAGCACCUACUUGGAGGAGCCUUUCUGAGGUAGUCGUGAAGAAUGUUUUAUCAGGUUCCUGGCUUGGUUCUCAUAACUGUUCCAUUUCCCACCCUCUGCUAGAUCCAUGUGCUGACAAAAUAAUACUACUAAUAAAAAACUAUUUUUCUUUUCAAAAUCUUUUUGAACAGUCUGUUAAUUUGUUCCUGCUGCUGGUUCAGUAUGAUCUGUUGUUAAACUUGAAGCUGGUGCCUUGUGCCAUGUGGCAGAUCUGCAGUUGUCUCAUCUCAGUUCUUCUGUGUCACGGCUGUUAAACUCCCCAGCUUUGCUGUUGCACUAAGUAGUUGCUGCAGCUUUUGUUCCAUUGUUUACCACCUGGUUGACUAGACUGGGUGGCUUCAUCCCAGAAGGCACUGCAGUCUUGUUUGUUAUUAUUUCUUUACAGGCAGGAGUGUUCUGUAUUUUUUCAUAACCUUAUCCAUCAUGUUAUUCCCAGAGAAGGCAAUUAAUAUAUUCUAGUCCCACACCCUUUGUAUUACAGAUCAGACUUUUACAAGGUAACUUUUGUCUCAAAACUAACUUUUUUUUACACUUUACUUGCUUUUCUAAUGUGGCUUUCUAAAGUUUCUUGUGCUAUAUCUAACAUAACUUCUUAAAUGGCCUUCUUGAAAGGCUUUGAUUAAUGGCAAGUCUGUAGAAGCCUUUUUGUUCCUCAGGACCCACCAAGAACACUUCACUAAAACUUCUGUGCCUAAAACCCAAAUUCUUAUCCUUCCUUUUCUUUUAGGAACAUCUAAAGUCUAAGAUGUCUUCUGAAAUUAAAUUCUUGGAAGAACCCACAGGAUUUCUGAUCUCACCCACACAGAAGUGAAGUUCUGGAAUGGCCGUUGUAGCCGUGUCCAGUUUCAUGGCAGUGCUUGCAAGGCUUUUGAAAUGUCUUGUCUGCAGUGGCAUAAGGAUCUUGAGAUUCUUUCCACUUUGGUGUUCCUCUGGCUUGCCUGCUUGGAGUUCCAUAUUUAAUUCAGAGCAAGGAUGGAAAUAAAAGGAUUUCCUAGUAUUCACUUACUCAGAGCCACGUGUGCUGCACUUCUGCUCUUUAAAGUGGGGGAGUAUUCACAGCCUGGAAGAUGAAACCAGGACUGAGCAACUCCUUAAGGGUUUCUAGUCUUGGAACUUGAAUUCCAGAGUAACAAGGCACCACACUGAAUUUCAAUAUGUGCCACCUGUUUCUAGAGAAGUUGUAGGGAAAUGAAUGACUCUUCAUCUGAAUUCUUAUUUCUCUUCAUGUGCAUAGCACAGUUACAAGAUUGUUGAAAAAGACUUCAUGUUAUGCCAUCCCUAGUAUUUUCUGUGUGCUUAUGAAGCACAUAUUUGCAUAUGAACAGUUUGGAUCAUUGAUUUAUUAAAGACUGGAAAGAAUACCUUUGGACAUCUUUUUCCAGGGUACGUGGAGGUUGCUUAGUGGAUGUAAUCUUCUGGCAAGAAAGGCCUUCCAUUUGCUGGUGGAUUCAAUAGACUUCUGAAGAAUGCUUCAGUAAUCAGCUAUAGAGUUCUGAUUCAUCUUCAUCACUUUUGAACAAAACUUCCUUAGUAAAAAUGUUUAGAAGUGCUUCAGUAGCUUGUUUAAAAUUCUGCCUUUUUUCACUAUCUGUUUCUUAACUAAUAACUAGGGGAUAACAAAUAAUAACAAAAAUAAUACAUUUUUGUGCUCUUGUGAAAUAUGCAGUUAUCUUUGCACAUCCCGAAUGUCAAACAAGUGUGAAGACCAGCCCACUUCAGUCUACCUCACCAGUGUCUGAAUCAGAUAUCCACUACAUAAACAAGUGAAGUGUACUAGUUCCUGGAGGUAUGAUCUAUGGAGGGCACCAAAUUAAGUGCCACAUAAUUUAUUGCAUAUAAAUGGUACAUAAAGUGUGUGCAUGUGUAUAUAGACACAUUCAUGCACACAUAGAGUCUGCUGUAAAUCCUACAAAUGUGUCCAGAUUCACAAUGUGUCUGAACUGGGAGAGUACAGGUUUUUAAAAAGAAGGACUAUGGUUAUAGUAGAAACUUGACUUUAAUUCAGCCAGGCCAGCCCUUCUUCCACCUCUUCUGUCCAUAGUCAGGGUUUUCUUCCAUCAUUCGAGACCUUUCAGUUCUUGGAUCCAAGCGAGAAAGAGCUCCUGUAGAUUCUGAAGAUGUGACUUAAUUCUACACUGUGUGCUAAAUGCUGCCUGAGCUUGUCUAGAUUGAUGGAUCUGAGUAACAGGAUCUUAAUUUUGAGGUAAGAACCUGAACUGGUAGCUGUGGAGAGGAACUGCUAGAGGUGCAUUUAUCAUGCCUCGUAGCAAGGAGUCCCGACUGCAGAGUGAAGUCGCACUCCCUGGUGUGUGCUUCCAGCUCAGCCCCAUUGUGCUCCUCAGCCUGCUGGCACUUGCUGUAACUAACUAAUGACCUUGCAAGAAGACCAAACUGUAUUUUUUUACAAAGCUUUUCUUAAAUGAGUCUGAUACACGGUUACUUUUAUGUGAAUUAUUAAAAAGGGGCUACUAUACAUAAAUUUGAAACAGAAUCGAUCCAGUGAGACCUGUCCCUGAAUCUGGAACAGUAGCCUCUGUCUAGCCAGGGCUGCCCCGCAGGUGGGGGAUUGUCUGAAAUUAAAUAAGGCUUCUUUUAUUUGAAUGGUGAUGCAGUUAAACAGGUGAAAAGUUUUCCUGAAUGCAAAUUUAAAUUGCAAUGGGAAAUCUUUACUGAACUUUUGCUUAGUGUUUCAUUCUCUUAAAAUUACCAAAAUAAAUAUUUGGUUAGAUAAUCUAUUUUUCUAUUCAAAGCUUGUAAUACUCAAUAGCAUAUAAGAGAUUGAAUGUUUUCCCUGUAUCAGGUUAGGUGUCAAACUUGUUGAUACUGGAAUAGGUUUGUUUCUUGCUACCCUAAUAAAAUGCUGAUCUCUUUUUUGGUGUAUGAUUUUUAAAGUUUCGCAGAUCACAAUGACCCAAAUGCAAGGUAGAUUAAAUCAAAUGCUGGGAUCAGUUUCAUUAUGUGUCAUAAAUGCACAUGCUUGCUUACUUUGUGUGCUGCUUGACUGAUACCAUAGUGGCUGCAGUUCUUUUGUAGGAAAUAAGGUGCUGAUGUCUCAAGUAAGCAAGUGGUGGUAAAAAUAAAUUGUAUUCAUUUUAGCUCCAGGCUAAGAACUUUAUAAAAUUAAUGUCAGGUUCUCUUGCUGGAUUAAUGUAAACUGCUUUGUUUGCAGGGUUUAUUGUCAUCCCAAAACCAGGCCAAUUCUCCAAGUGGAACUGUAGUAUAGCCAUCACACUACUGCUAGCAAAUCUCUGAACGCAGGACAAGAAGUAAUGACAGUGGAACCAGAAGCUGUUCUUCAGGCAAAGAGCAUCACAAAUUAUAAUGUGGCAGAGUGUAAACAUGGAGUUAUGUGAAUCACAUAGUAAUUUGCAAAGGAAUAAUGUAAUGAGUUCUUAUUACAGCUAAUACUGCUAGGCUGCUCAACCAAGGAAGCUUUCACUUAAAAAAAAAAAGCUUCCUUUGGUGCUGCAGGAAAAAAAUAGUAACAUUUUUGGUUUUCUUUAUACUUUUCAAGUCCAGUGUAAUUUAACCUCUAUAUAAAUAUAUAAAUAAAAGAUAUAUAUAUAUAUAUAGUGUAAAAUAAAGUAUGUUUCUUAAAUUCAAGUAAGUUCAAUGGUUAAACUAGUACUUCACCAUUGUUUAUUUUGCACUGAUUUUUUUAACCAGAGAUGGCUAAAAGACAGCCUGGAAUGCACUCAUGGAAAAUGAAAGUCAUUACUUUCUGGCUUCAAAAUGUUAUUCAGGAAGAUGGAUGCUGCAAUCAUAGAUUUUUAAAACAGAAUUGUUUUGCACUUAAAUAGUUUAAUGCUAAUAGAGAAUUACUUUAAAAUUGGUGUCCAGACACCAGAAAAACUAUGUUGUGGAGAAAAGAUCCUUUGUAUCUAUUAAACAUUUAUUUUAAUAUUGUUGUUUCCAACUGCAAUCGGCUCUGUAUUAUAUGUAUAAAUAAUGUAAUUCAGUGGUGGGGAAGGGGAGUAAUGGAUCAUUACACUAGAAAUUCUCAUUAAUUUAAGAAAGUGAUAUUUCUAAUUCAGCAAAUACAUAUUAAACUAUCUUCAAUAUGCAUUUUUGUUUACUUUCUGUUCAAAUUCAAUCACUUUUGAUGUAAUCAAUCCUUUGUUGAAUUAAAUGUUUGGUACAGAAAUAUAAUCUAA